AUGAAGGUGAAGAAAGGAUGUCUUGCAAUUCAAGUUGGUUCAGAGGAACACCAAUCACAGCAAGAUGCUGCUGUCACUGAUUCUCAAAGGUUUCUCAUCCCUAUUUCGUAUCUCUAUCAUCCUCUUUUCAACAAUCUUCUCGACAUGGCUUACGAGAGUUAUGGAUACAGCACUCAUGGUCCCCUCAAGCUGCCUUGUUCGGUUGAUGAAUUUCUUCACCUACGGUGGCAGAUUGAAAAAGAAUCAACACAACACCACCACCACCACCAACACAACCGCCAUCAUCAUCAUCACCAUCACUAUCUCCCUUACGCCUUGUAUUUCAACUCUUGUUAA